AUGUGUACCCAGCCAUCCAAGGAGCAUGGUCGUCAUGGGGCACGUGGUCCGAUUGUAGCGCCACCUGUGGAAACGGAACCCAGACCCGCACCCGGUCUUGUGAUUCUCCCCGCCCAUCUAAUGGAGGGGCAUAUUGUACAGGCUCAGAAAAUGAGGAGUAUUCAUACCCAGUCAUCCAAGGAGCAUGGUCGUCAUGGGGCACGUGGUCUGCAUGUAGCGCCACCUGUGGAAACGGAACCCAGACCCGCACCCGGUCUUGUGAUUCUCCUAGCCCUUCUAAUGGAGGGGCAUAUUGUACAGGCUCAGAAAAUGAGGAUGAAUGGUUCUUGGUCGAAGUGGGGAGAUUGGUCAGUCUGUACCAUGAGUCUCUGCAGUGUGACAAAUCGAACACGUUCCAGGUCAUGUGACUCACCAGCGCCUACAUAUGGCGGACGUUACUGUGAGGGGGAUGGACAAGAUACAGAAAGCUGUGAAGGUCAAAUCUGUCCAACAGGGGAACGCUUGAUGUGUGCAGAAUUUCCUGACAACAAAAUCACAUCAUCGGCUUUAGAAGAAAAACUAACAGAAAUAUCAAAAGUAUUGAAAGUAAACAAAACAAAUCUGUCAUCACAAAAGCGAAAAAGAGCGUGUGCAGAGGAUCCAAGGCCCACGUCGAUGUACAUAGGAUAUGUGGGUGUUAUAUUCAUAGGCUGCUUCCUUGGAAUAAUUGUCUUUGUUGAUUGUUCAUCUUUCAUUGUUUGGGCUUUGAAAAAACGUAGCUAA